CACACAUGAAGGUAUUCAGCUUUGGAUGAUGACAAUCACACAAGACAAGGUCAAGUGUGCCAAGUGAAGGGAGUCAUCUUUACAAGGUGUGCCUGGGGGAAGGUCACUGAUGAGACAGCUGCUGUUUCUACCAUUAACAGUUCUUACUGUGCCACCAACUGUGGGUGUGCUGGAUGGGCACCAUGGGUCAGAAUAACAGCAGCAACCCCCUGCGGGAGAACCUGGAGUCACUCCAUAACCAGAUGAUGAAGCAUGCAGGAGCAGACUAUGACAUUGCCACUACCACCACACUCACCUAUGACCAGUUCCUCACCUACAUUACACAGCUUAACCAAAUAUGCCGUGAAUACAAAGACAGAGAAGGCCACAUGCUGGUCUUUGCCGUCAAGAAAGGCACUGAUUCCACUGUUUUCUGGAAAGCCACAGUCCGCAUUGCUUGUGUUAAGCUCAACACCAUUACCAACAAGGUUCAGUCAUAUCGCCUCCUCAACAUUCGCCAGUUCCUUCAGGUGUUCCGUCGAGUUACCUAUGAAUGUACUGGGGGAACACUGGGCAGUAUUGAUGGAGUACUUGGGACUGAUAUUGCAGGGGAUUGUAGCUCAAUGGAACAGGGCUCAGUGGUGCCUAUCCCUCCUACUAUGGCUGCCUCAUUGGUGCUGGGAGGGAUGCAGGAGGUGACUCAGGACACUUCAGCAGCUGCCUCCACCAGCCAGGAGGAGAUGGAGAGCCCAGGGGCAGUUGGUGGCUGGGACGUCAACCUGAGCGAGUGCAUGAUCUGUCUGGAGCGCAAGCCAGAUGUCAUCCUGCCUUGUACUCAUGCCUACUGCCUCCCCUGCAUAGAGCAAUGGUGGGAAUAUGCUAGACCUACCUCACAAGAAUGUGCCUCCUCCUCCUCUUCCUCCUCCUCCACCACCAGUCUUGUGUACCCAGUUAGCUGCCAAAUGUUUGGACACCACAACCUUCCUAAAAAAGCAACAAGGUCAGUGGUGGAGAAGACCUGCCCCAUGUGCCGUGAAUCUUUGGAGAGCACUGAUGACACCUGGGUGCUCUCUGAGGCUCCAGACUCUGACCAAGUCAAUGAAGAGAUCCGCAAGACACUCAUCAGCCUAGCAGGCACUGAGGGUGAGGCUUCCAAUUAAAGCUCUGACCUAUGAAGAGGAAGGAAGACAGGUGACAUGUCUAACCUAUCAAAGCUUUACCUCAGACAUUCAUUGGUGUAGUAGGGUUGGUAAGUCUGAGGCUUUUACCAAAGGAAGGCUGAGGGAUGGAUGUUAGAUGACUUUCCUCCUGCUGCUACAGCUCCACUUCACAGCUCCACUUCACAUCAGUUGAUCCACACCACUUCUUUGUGCUGGUCUUCUAACUUCAAUUGUAGAUGAAGAUUUGCUUUUUGUAUGUCAUUUACUUCCUGAAGACUUAUGAACAUUAAGGAAUUCCAGAGCAUUUUUCACUUAUGUGAUUGUCCAAAUGAUAUACUGUAGUUAAUUUCUCCAAGCACACUCAGCUCAAUAAACUUUACAGCUAUGUCUAUGAGUUUCAGAUGUUGAAUGUGGCCUGUUUUGUAUAAUAUAUAUCUGUCAUCAACUUUGCAAAGAGUGAUGCAUAUAAAACAACUAUCACAAAUUAUUAUUUUGAAACCCAUCUGACCUGGAGGUGAAGACUGUGCUUUAUAUCAUCUAUAUGUGUAUAAUUAGUUAAUGUUGGAAGCCAGCAAUUUCAGUAGAUGUAUUUCAGAGUUUUCACUUAGUUGUGAACUUGAUUAUUUAACUCCACCACUCCAAGACUAAAAACCUGAAGGAAGCAGGUUUUGCUGUAGAUUAGUUUUAUUUAUAGAACACAGCAUGUGGCAUUAUAUGUAAUAUAUGUAGUGAUAUGUAGCUUUUUCUUUAUACUGUCUAGAUGAGGGAGAAGGAACCUGAGGAUGAGCAUAGGUAGUGUGUGCAGCCUGCCAACAGAAUCCCUGCCAUGGAAUGGUUUGGGGAGGAGUAGGCCAAGCUGCCGUAUCAUGAGGCUCAACAUUUCCAUGUACCAUGUCAUCUAAGUCAGUACCAAAAAUGUGCUACUCUAUAGUGAUAAUGCUUUUCCAGUGCUUAUUACUGUUACUAGGUAUUGAACACAUUUAAAUCUUAUAUAUCAUGUGAUAUCAUAUCAUAUAUAAACCAAGUCACCAUUCAGUACUUUGAUACAAAAUACCAAAGCAUUUACAUCUUGGAAAGCAUCACUACCACUAGUGUACUAUUGUGUCCAAUGGUUAUAUUCUUUGUUUCUUACCUUUAGUACAUGAACUAAAAUCAUAAUGGUGUGGUAUAAAGUGAUGAUGGCAACCAAGUUUGCUGGGCUGGCAGACUAGUUUUGAGUGCCCAAGCCGCACUAGAUUUAGAAGUGGAUGGAUUACCAAGUGCAUUGUUGUGGAAUAUUUGUAUCUUUAGUACCUCAUUUUAAUACCAUAUCUAGCCAUAAUGGAAGCGACAGGUGAGAAUGGAGAGGGAAGAUUUGUGAGCGGGCAUUGAUUUAUUGUAUGCAUUUCCUGGUUCUAGGCUCUGUAAUGAUUUCCACUUUGUUGACGUAGUAGUACAUUUAUAUAUUUGCUGUAGACCAUUCAAGUUUCUACAUAGUCAGAGGUGUGGGACAUCAAGAAAGCAUGUUUGUUCUUUCAUUGUCAAUAUAUUCUUUAACUUCUGACAGGUCAGCAUUAUGCAAGUUAGUUGUGCAGACCUCAGGAGUAUACCCAGACCUAUAGAGUUGAUGCUAUUAAAAGUCAAAGAAAUCUCA